CGCUUCUGUGGCCCAAGGUGACCUUGGGCCAAGACCUUGGCUUCUCGGAUCCAAAGUUUCUCCCCCCCAAGAGGAGGAGGAGAGCAAGAAGUCAGUAAUACCUGGAGAGACGAAAGGUGUUUGCUCCGAAAAGGACAAGACAUAAUGCUCUUCCUUCGGCUGCACGCCCCAUUUCACGAUGCAGACAGCUGGUCCACUGACUGACUUGUUAGAUUCCAAAAAAAGCAUCCCUCCUAAAGUUCCGACGGUGGCGUUGGACAUCCUGGGGAUUAAUAAAGGAGAAAGAGACAGCAAGUUUCACCACUUAGCAUAUAAGGAAAUUUGGAGUUAAUAUGGGACAUAGAAGCAAGUAAUCGGGCAGAUAACCAACUGGUGCUGGAACCCUUCUCUGGAAAAGCAGUGUCCGUGCUCUUAUAUACAGCUCCAAAAAGAGUUCAGAUCUGUAGGGGAACAGUUGUGUAAAGUAACCUAAGGUGCAGGGUAUUAAAUAGACUUUGUAGAAGUGCAAGUACUGAUUAAAAAUGAGUAAAAGAGCAAGCAGUGAAUCGCCUCUAGGAAGGAUGAGUGGGGCAGCGUUCCCUUCUCCCACAGCCGAGAUGGCAGAAAUGAACCGGAUUCAGUAUGAAAUGGAGUACACUGAAGGGAUCAGUCAGAGAAUGAGGGUCCCAGAAAAGUUAAAAGUGGCUCCCCCAAAUGCCGACCUGGAGCAGGGCCUCGACGAAGGAAUCCCAAAUGCUAGUGUGACUAUGCAGGUUCCCGAGAGGAUUGUCAUAGCAGGAAAUAAUGAUGACAUUCCAUUUUCAAGACCAGCAGACCUGGGCCUCAUCCAGUCAACCCCCUUCAAACCUCUGGCAUUGAAAACACCUCCCCGUGUUCUCACGCUAAGCGAGAGACCCCUCGAUUUUCUGGAUUUAGAAAGAUCGGUUCCUCCCACCCCUCAAACUGAAGAUGAAAAGUUACAUUUGGAGGAGGAGCCCUGCCAGCAGCAAAUUCGUGCAGUUGGCAGACUGAAAAGAGAACGGUCCAUGAGUGAAAAUGCUGUCCGUCAAAAUGGGCAAUUAGUCAGGAAUGAUUCCAUGUGGCACAGAUCAGAUUCUGCCCCAAGAAAUAAAAUUUCAAGGUUCCAGUCAUCUCUCUCUGCACCAGGAUACAUUUUUUUCCCUGAUGGUGACGAAGUAUGGGAGAAGGGUGUGACACCAUCACAACAGCAGGCUCGUGUCUGUGCUCCCCAUAUGUUACCUGAAGAUGGAUCUAAUCUUUACUCUGCUCGUGGCAUUUUGUCGCUUAUCCAGUCUUCUACUCGUAGGGCUUACCAGCAGGUCUUGGAUGUGCUGGAUGAAAAUCGCAGUUUGAGAAGACAAAAUGAAAUACGAUAUGAAAGGCCUGUGUUGCGUGGGGGGUCUGCCGCUGCCACUUCUUCUAACCCUCAUCAUGACGUCAGUUCCAGAAGAAGGGCAGAGCCUAGAACCGAAAAUGUCGGAGAAAGAACCCAGCCAAGAUACGGACUUUCAAAUUUGGAUACAACAAUUGAAGGAACCUCCGAUGACAUGACUGUGGUAGAUGCUGCAUCUCUAAGACGACAGAUAAUCAAACUUAAUCGACGUCUACAGCUUCUGGAGGAGGAGAACAAAGAACGUGCUAAAAGAGAAAUGGUCAUGUACUCAAUUACCGUAGCUUUUUGGCUACUUAACAGCUGGCUCUGGUUUCGCCGCUAGAGACGGCCUCGACUCACCAGAAUAUUUGUCACGACAGCUGGAAUUAUAACGAAUUUGCAAAAUUUUUUUUGUUUUUGUGUCUGCAUCAAAUAUCAUUUUAUAAUCCAUGCACUGAAAAUGUAUUUCCUCCAGAAAGAUAGGAUCAAGAAGUACAGAUCUAAAGGGAUAUCCUAUUGCUCAGCUGUAUUUAUUUUUCAUCAGAUUUCCAGUAACACAAACCUUAAAAUAAGCCCCCUUUGCAUGUUUCAAAACUAGUUCUUCAUUUUGUUUUUGAAAGAAUUUGUUUUCUGCCACAAGAGGGGGACAGAAGGCAGAUACCCAAUCCCCGGGUAGAGAAAGGGGAGCCGUAAAAUGGAAUUUGGGAAAGUAUCUGUUAGGAAAAACAAAUCUGUUUUUGUCCUUUUGUCUCCAACACUGUUAAAGUGCUUUUAUGGUUAGAUAGGUUUGCUUCCGUUUUUUCCUUCAGCAGAACAUCUACAUCUUUGGCAGUACAGUGUGGUGCCAGAUUCAAGAGAACCGAGCUAUCUAAUAUUUCAUGAGUGUAUUCAUUGCAGCACAUGUACAGAGUGGAUUAAAGAAAUGAUUUGCUACAUUUCAUCAGAUUUCCCAGAGUUGUGUAAUAUGUAUUUUCUUAUUUUAGUUUUAAUUUUGCAGAUGUUUUUCUAUGAAAUACAUUUUUAAGGAAGUCCGUGUGUGUGUGUGAUUGAAAAGAUUACAGAAUAAGAUACCACUGUAGUGUAUUUAAUAAACAGUCAAGAUGAGCAAACA